CAUUAGGGGAGAUUAACGGAUUAGCGGGAAAUAAAUUAAGUGAGCGGGGAUGAAGUCACGGAGUCAAACACUCUUUGUUUCAUUUAAUGACGUCAUUUCAUUUUUCUGUCUCUGUUAGAUUUGUCGAGUCACAGAUAUGAGGAAGACUUCAUCUAUCAGAUGGAAAAACAGGGAAAAUUAGUUUCCAAGUGUUUACAUGUUUACAUAAUCUCCUAAAUGCUUGACGGGUUAGUUUUUUAAUGAUUCUAGAAAACCAGAUAAACUUAAAAAAUGAGUUUUCUGUUUUUAUUUGGCAAAAAGUAGCAGAAACCUCCAGAAUUUCAAAUGACCAGAGAAUCAAAACCUACAGUUCCUCAAGUGUCCACUGGAGGCUGGUUUCAAUGUGUACCAACUCCCAUUAAAGCCUAUCUUAACUCACUCCUGCAGGUUUGGUAAAUUUAAUGAAAUCUUCAAGCUCCUCAGAUAGUGUGAAUUAAAUAAGUAUUGAAUCAAUAAACGCAUCAAAAGAAAUAAAGAUGUAAAACAUUCGGAUGUACCUAAACAGUCAUGAUGGACUUGAGUGUCACUUUGGGACUACAGGUGGAUCUGAUCCUGGACCAGCGGAGAAAUGAAGGCCUCCUCCUCUCAGCGCUGUAACAGAGUGUUUGUAAACCUGCUCUCUCUCUCUCUCUCUCUCUCUCUCUGGUAUCUGCUGCAGUAAAACUCGGCUCUGAUGUGAUCCUCCAUCUCAGCAUCCCUUAGCUUUGUUCGUCUGUUUCCUCUUUUUGGACGGCUUUUGUUGAGUGAACUUGAAAGUGUCUGAAGGUUAAUUGGGCUGGGAAGCUGCUGUCAGCCGAUUCUUUAACUCCUCCUGGAAAUAAGAGUAAGAGCCUCUCAGGUGGGCCGGGGGCCAGAACAGGACUGAACCGGCCAACAGGAACAGACACAGAGCCAGACUUGAACAAAAACACGCUCAUACUGAGAGAGGACGCCCAUACUGCCCCUCGAUCUGCUGCUUAGAUGCUUCACUUGCAAUGAGCGUGUCCGUUAGUUGAAUUAAGAUAAAAUAAAAUAAAAUACAGCACCAUAUUCCUGUCUUAAAAACCUGCUGUAGUUUUUUUCUUUUUGAUCGACGUUUCAGGAAUAAACACGUACACGGGAGACCAAACUUUGUUAAUUUCAGGAGCAGGAUGUAUAAUAUACAAGUUUACAUCUUGCGGGGCGUGUGGUGCGACCGUUUCACUCGCAUUUGUGACUAAAAAUAGAUGUGUGCAAAUAGUAAAAUGUAUUUAGGGGCACAUGUGCGCAUAAAAAAAUUUGCCUAGGCGACAAAUGUUUUUCAUGUAAAUACCGCAGUGAAGUUAGUUUUAGGUUGGAUAUUCGACGGACAUUCACUCACUUUCCAUAACCAGAAUAAGCAACAGCAGCGGUUAAAUCUACUUGGCAUCCUCAAUGUCAAUGUCCGGUGUGCAAUAUUUUUUUUUGUAGGAUGGUAGGGGAAAGUCCCGCCUCCUUUGCCUCUGAUUGGCUAGAAAAGCUGGAAACGUCAUCACACGCUCAAGCCAAACGGGGGCUGUCGGCUCUGUACAUCGAACAGAACAUUACAGAACAUUAUCGCACUUCUGAAUCUCCUAAUCCUAACCCAACAGACGAUGAUGUUUCACAGUCAUUAGGAAUAACCAAUCGGAGCCCAGCACUUCUAGCCAAUCAGAGGCGAAGAAGGGCGGGACCUUCCCUUACCAUCCUAUAAAAUACAUUUUGCAUCUAGUGUUGAAUAAGGGACCAUCAAUAAAUUACUGGUUGGUGUUCUGAAAAUUAAAGGCUGUUUUCCUUCAAUAGCCUCCAUGUUAUGUGACCAAUUGACCAAAAUUUGAUUUCAAGUAAUAGUACUAAGGUCAAUUUUCAUUGUGUCCCUAAAGUUCUUGGUGUGCUCCUUACCUUUUCAAUUUAGGAGCACAUAACCAAGCAGAAACGCCCUGCUCUGAUUUUUUGUUGCUCUGGUUUUUUUUUAGUCUCUUUCCAAAGUUCCUGGGUCAGAUUUGGGGUCAAAAAUGGGUAGCCAUAACUGACAAUUUUUCAUGUCAAAUCUUUGUAGCAUAGCAACAGUGGAGGAGGUGCUAAGUGUUCUGGAAUGCAUGGUUCCAAGGAAGAGAACUUCUGGCUGUGUUCUGGAAUGCUGUGAUCUGGAAGGCCUGGUUUCAGAAUGUGGAGUUCUGGAUCGGUUCUGGAAUGCAAAGUUCAAGGGAUUCUGGAAUGCUGAAUGGGUUCUUAAAGGGACGGUACUUCAAUUGGAGCUCAAUGGAUUGAAACUGGAUUUUUAACUUUUUGAGCUGUAAAUCAGACAAAAAUGUUACAAAAUGAUCAUAAAGAAAAUAUACAGUCUUAAACAAGCCUGAUAUUCCCUAUUUAAGGUUUCUAACAAGAACUGUUCUCUCCUCAAAAAAGUCCUCUUCUUUCCGGACUAAUGGUUUGUACUUGGAGAGAACUAUUUCAACAAACCUGAUACUGUCUCUGAGGGGUGAAUGAGGAGCUGUUUUCAGGCGUUUGUUCUUUUUGGACUACUUUUCUUGAUGUCCAGUAUGGAUUCAGUGAUUCGUUUAUUCAACAAGAUUCCAAUAAUCUUACACUAUUGUUAAAAAAUAAAAUAAACCCAAGACAGAGUCUACUCUACCCAAUCAAAAACUCACAUAUCUGGAGCCUCAACCUUAUACUGUUAAUGCCAAGGCUCCACCUAGUGUUCAAAAACAGCAUUACAUUACCAUACAGAUUUAUUUUGAGUAUCAAACAGAGAUCAAUUAACACCCAAAUUUCAGCUCUGGUGGUAUUUUACCAGGAUUUGUCUGGACCAGUUUGCUCUUGUUCCUUAUUAGUGGCUCUUUACAACUUCGUCUUUACGCUUGAUUUAAGUUGAUUAACAACAAAAAGUGAGUACAGUUCCAAUAACGUAAAAACAUUUUAGAACAGUAACAGUAUAAAUGAUUUAUCGCACACUGUUUCCUCUGACUUUCAUCCAUCUAAUAAAUGAAAUGAAUCCUAGAUUUAGUGUUGCAGCAUCUUACACCAACAGGAUCCGUCUGACCUUGAAGCAAACUUUAAUGAAUGCAGCCUGCAGGCCAAAAUGUCCUCAGACUGUCUGGAUUCAGUCCUCUUGAGGUGAGUUAUUACUGCACAGAGCUGUGAGCUGAAGGCAGCAUGGGCUUAAAAGGAAAACAUCUAACAUUACAUUUAUCAUCUGAGCAGCCUACGCUCUUGUGUUUAAGGACUUAUUUAUUAAUUUGACGUCACGGUAAAAGAAGUGAAGGUAUGACAAGUUCAUGUUUAUUUGCAACACCUGUCAGGGAUUUUUCAUCAGCCUAAAUUGUAAAAACAUGACGACUGCAAUAGUUCUCCUGUCCUGAAAUUAAGACAUGAAUCAGACGACCCAUGAAAGUAAUCAAUCACUCAAAUCAAUCAGCAGAUCAAUAAACAAAAACUCAUAUAGUGAUUGAUUCUCAGAUGGAAGUUUAUAUUGUGAAGCAUUACAACAACGUUCACACACUGAUAUGUUCAUUAGUUUUUAUCAUUGGUUUAUUACUCUCUCUUUCUGUUUUUUUUACCGUAGUUCUUUAUCUUAUUUAUUUAUUUUUUUGUACAGUAUGAAUGUGUAUAUUGUGUGUACCGCUGCUGUUAACAACUUAAUUUCCCCACUGAGGGAUGAAUAAAGGAAAAUCGAAUCUAAAAUCUAAUCUACUCUAGAAUAUAAAGAUAAUAACUUUUUAAACAGACUAUGUUUUGUGCAUUUAAAAGAUGAAACAGAUGUUAAUAUAUGAAAUUAUAUAAAAUAAUGAAUGAAAAAUAUACCAUUGCAUGUAUUUUUUUUUUCUUUGUUGAGUCUGAAAAAUAAAGAGGGAUAAAAAUCAGGAUGCACAUGCAGACAAGUCUCCACUGGAGGGCGUUAAAUUACAGCACCUACUCUUAACAUAUACACUCUUUUUACUGUGUUCAUGUUAUGAAUGAGAUAGAUAAGUAAACUGAAACAAUUUCUACCUAAUUCAUUUUUUUUAGCAAAAUGAAAUAUAUGAUUUAAAAAGCUAUAUUUGUUUAUAAAUGCUUUAACAGUUGUUCAGAAAGAUGAGCUUGAAAAUAAAUAAGGAAAAUAGUCAACUGAAAAGAAAAAUAGCACCUACUCUUAAAAUAUACUCUCUUUUCUACAGUGUUAAAAACAUCAGAUAUUAUAAAUGGAAGUAAACUGAAACAAAUACUAUCUAACUCAUAGUUUAGUAAAAUAAUAGAUAUGAUUUAAAAAACUUUGUGCAUAAAUGCUUUAACAGUUGCUCAAAAAAGGUCCGCUUGCAAAUAAAUGAGGAAAAUAGCAAAUUGAUAAAAAAAAAUAGAACAUAACUUCAACAUUCAUUAUUAAAACGUGUCAAAAUCAAAGUUUUGUUGGUAGUACUGCAGAUCUCUCCUGUUUUGUUUUCGACAGUCUUCACAUUAUCACCAAACAUUACAUAACCACAGGACUCUACUCUCUGAUUGGCUGAAGGCGCUGUCAAUCAACGGUCAAGCAUCCAAUGAGAGUGCACGGCAGGCGAUACAAACUGGCGGCCGCCAUGUUGUGUCUCCUGGGGCCUGGAGCGACGUCCGGUAGUAAACAGUAGAUGACGUUACCACCCGCUCGGCUGCUCGCAGGAAACGGACCGCAGCUGGAAGCCAUGAGCCGCCCGUCCUCAGCCGGAGCUGGGGGUGGAGGAGGAGGAGGAGGCGGCGGAGGAGGAGGUGGAGGAGGACUCGGGGCCGGGAAGGCGAGCGGAGGGAAGCACGGAGUAACCGGAGGCUCUGCUGCCGCCGCAGCAGCAGCAGCCGCGGCCGCCGCAGCGGCAGCAGCCGCCGGUGUGGGCUCUGUGGCCGGGUCGGGGUCCGCUCCCCCAUCUUCCGCCGUGUCCCUGAGCACCACCACCCUGCCCGGGCAGUCCCCGGAGCUCACAGCGCUCUUCGAGUGCCCGGUAUGCUUCGACUACGUCCUGCCGCCCAUCCUGCAGUGCCAGGCGGGUCACCUGGUCUGCAACCAGUGCCGCCAGAAGCUGAGCUGCUGCCCGACCUGCCGAGGCCCGCUCACCCCGAGCAUCCGGAACCUGGCCAUGGAGAAGGUGGCCUCCACGCUGCCGUUCCCCUGCAAGGUAAACCCCGCUAACUCGAGCUAGCUGCUCACUUCUUACUACUUUUCACACAAACUUCCUCAUCCCGCGAGCUGACAGGUGUGCGCGCGCGAGCCGCUACGUCACAGGGGUACCAAGAGAAACCAAAACAAAGCUCGGGUUUGACCCCCGGGUUGGGUUUCUGCUUCUUCUGUUUGUGUUUUUGAGUUUCUCCUAAAAUUAUGAAGAAAUCACCCCUCUGUAAAUCUCACCCCUCUGAUGAAGAUCAGCUGCAGCUCUUCUUCCUCAGGUUUACCUGAACAUCCUGCUGGGAUGGAGCUCAAAUUAAAACAGACAAGAGCAGCUUUUGAAAUAUUCAGGUUUUAACUCUGUGAGGAAAGGAGGUUUGAUGGUCUGUGUUCUUCUCUCUCUGUUAUUUUUGCAUUUUAUAUCCCAGUCUCUUCUUGUUUUGUAGCUUCAGAUCAGCUCUCUGUUCUCACCUGUACCUGCAUCUGAUCACAUAUAUAAUCUGUUUAAUAAUGUAAUACACAGCUAUAUGAGUUGUAGGAGUGUUAGAGAGCUCAGAGAGUCAAACUUCAACUAAGAGUGACAGCGGUUUCCUUAAAAGUGGUCUCAGUAUAUGUGUGUGUGUAUUUGUUCACUCAGUUGCAGCUUUUUUCUGGUAGGGGAGAGUGGGGUCAGAUGAGCCAUUUUUCAUAUUUCAGAUCACUACAACAAGUCAAUCACAGUUUUAUCUCUAACUAGUGAAUCUGCAGAUAUUUCAAGAUGUUGUUUAUCCCUGCAAACCAACAGAAUGAGUGUAAACAGAACGGUCUUGAUAAUACAGCAUGCCAAAAACUCUCCCCCCCAGCCCUCCCUCACCUUCUCUCUCCUUCUCUCCUUCCCUCCUUCACUUCUUCACAUUCAGGUGUAUUUUUAUCUUUUUAUAAGCUUUUCAACUGGUACAAAAAGCUGUUUUGUAAAAAGCCAUUUUCACAUGAGAAUGUCUUUAAGUGAUUCAGAACAUUCACAGCUGUAUUUUUGAAAAGAAAAAGUCAAACAUUUCAACAAUCUGAACUGAAACUCAGAAACAUAGAUAGAUUAAAAUGAUCUUUUUUGGUCUGAACACAAUUCUGAUAAAACUUAUGACAGACUAAGUUCACUUUUAAGAGUGAAAAAUGUAAAUAAAUGUCCAACUCCUUCACCCAUUUGCUUCUAACCUUCACAGACUCCAUGAAUUGAUGCCCAUCUCCUAAAUAUUUGGUCAGAUGAUCAGUUUCUUUUAACAUUUCCAAACAACAGGGGGUGGCUCAACCUAGCCCAGUCUCCCCGAUAUAAUCUGUUUAAUAAUGUAACACACAGCUAUUUGAGUUGUAGGAGCGUUAGAGAGCUCAGAGAGUCAAACUUCAGCUAUAAAUGGUCUCACUAUAAAUAUGAGUCCUUAUUCACUCAGUUUCAGCCUUUUUCCGGUAUUUUCCAUCAGGAUGGGGAAUUAUAGGUAAACAAAAACAUCCACACUGUGCAUCCUGACGUUGUUUUUCACUUUCAUCAUUUAGAGUGAAGAGUCUCAGAUUUAGGUGAACAAGAUCUUAUCCCCCAAAACUCUGUCAGUCAUGUAUUUUUGAUUGGAGAUCUGUUUUUCUUCUCUCUCUCUAACAUGAUGAAGGUGGAGGUCGUCUUCAUUUGCAUUUCAAACCUGCAGAUCUCAUCUGCAUUCAUACUCUCAAAUCGCCGCCUACCUGCUGCCAUAUGUUUGUAUGUGUUUGUGAGGCGGUAAAACCCUCACUGUGGUUCUCUGAGCCAGCUCUUGUCAUCAUGUAGACAUCCUUCUGUUUUCAGGGUUAUUUUCCAGGCUGAUCUGCAGGUUUCUGACUGAUUUUUAGAGCUCAAGCUGGUCUGGUGGUCUGAAGAGGCCACCUGAGAUAUUGAUUUCUCUUAUCUGUGUUUUCUGAUUGAUAUUCAGAGCACAGAAUCAGAGGUUGUUAGACCUGCAGACAUCAGUUAGCUGACUCUGAGGGACUUGAAUCUGUUGUGUUUUUAUGUGGAGCCAUUGGCUGGUUUUAAUGUAGUGUGACGUGUUUUUAAUGCGAGGCAAUGAUCCAUGCGAUCCAAACGGACUUCCUCUCUGCUACAGGAAGCUGCACUCGCUCAUCCCGUCAGCCUUUAGAGUUUUUUUUUUUACUCUGAAUGUUCGCAGAUCAAACAACAGUCCUGGAUAAUGUUAAUUUAUUUAUAAUACUUUAUGAUCUAACAUGCAGCCAUGUACAGUAGACUGUCGUGUGCAUGGAAUAGUAAGAUUUCUUGUUUUCAUUCGUUAAACAGUUGGAUUUAAUCUAUUCUGCAAAUACAACAAAGUCUAAUCAGUUUUAGAUAUCUGCUGACUUGUCCUCUGAUUAUCGGUGUUGUUCGAUUAAUUGAUAUCGCGAUGAUCCGCAUGUUGACGGCGCCCUCUGCUGUUUAAAACGACCACUGUAAUGUUACCAAAGUGUCACUGACGUGAAAAGUUCCUUCUUUGUGUCAGUUUUAAUGGAGCUUUUUAGAGAUGGGAAUAAAACAUUGAAGCAAGAAAGAGGAGAGAAGUUUUCUUUUAAAAAAAAUGUAAGGGACCAUGUAUCACUGAUUCACUUUCUGUCUUAAUCUUGAUGAUAAUACUAAAUUUGAUGUAUUUUUUGAAGUAUUUUUACACUGUCAUAACAUCAAAUAAAUUGAUCAGACUUUUCAGGCUUUAAUUACACGUCCUCAAAAACCUCAAGACUUGGACUUUUACUUUAUUAUGAUCCAGAAGACUGUCUCUCACUUUUUAGCUCAGCAGCUAUUGGCUCAUUAAAGGGAUAUUCCUGCGUAAAAUUAAUUUAGGGUCAAACACACCAUUACUUUAUCAUUUCCUUGAAGUAAUAAUCAUCAUAUUAAUCAUUUUGCUCUGCAGAAGCGGUAGUUCUUCUACCUUAGCGUCUCGGUCUGAUUGUACUUCCAUGAAGAAAUGAUCAUAAAUGUUCUUCCUUGAGCUGCGGCACCCUGCUGUAGUCCGUAAUGGACUGGCCUGAGGUCUCGCUACAAACGAGCGGCUGCUGGAAGAGAGUAGGUGAGUUGUGUUUAGUCUCUUUGCUAAAGAAAUCAGGCAAAACUAAAAAGAUGUUUGAUCGCUAGUGCUAUGGCUGGGACCCGAUAUGUCCUGUUGAUGAAGUUAGGUGCUGUUCUGAGCACUAUUUGUGGCUAUAGAGUGGCGUUUUGGUUGAGCGCAUGGCUCUCUGUAUUGCUGUCUACGGUCGUUACUAAAGUUGGUAUAACUUGAACAUUCAUCUCUGGAGGGGGUGUCUAACUCGGUGUUACAGUGUGUUUGACCCUAAAUUAAUUUUACGCCUGAAUAUCCCUUUAAGAUAAGCUGUUCCUUUAAUAGUCCCAUGGGGGGAAUUCCAGUUAGCACUAAUGAUUGCUGCAGCUUCUCUCUAUUCAUGUUCAUUUGUCCCUCUGCUUUUCAGACACACACACACAGGUACACAUCUCCUCUCCCUGCUCUCCUUUCUCCUGUGGCUAAUAGUUAGUUCUCCUGUCGAACAUGUUUAAAGGUUCAUUUUCCUCUUUUUGUGAUUAUUAAUUCUUGACUCCUGUUCUUUCACAUUUUUCUGUUGAUUGCCGAUCACACACGAUGAAGUCUUCUUUCUCGGUUUAAAAUCUCAGUGAAAGCCUUUCGCGCUCUCUGACACAGCACACAGUUUUUAACACUGUCUGUUUACACUCUUCUCUUUGUGAGUCAGCCCUUUUCUGAUGAGAGAUGGUGAGCUGAGAUUACUCUGGGAUGGAUUUAAGUGUCUAACCUGACAGAGAGACCACCUUCAGAGACAGAAAUGUUGUGUAGUCUGUUAACCGGCAUGUUCAUAGAUAAAUAAACGUGUCAAUGGACACGAAAAUGACAAUUUCAGCCACAUGACAUAUUUUCAAAUGCUCAGAUUUCAGGGAAGAGGACACAAUAGCAGAGUUGAAGGGAAAAAGAAAGAAACCACUGUGCUGCACUGGCUGUGUGUGUGUGUGUGUGUGUGUGUGUGUGUGUGUGUGUGUGUGUGUGUGUGUGUGUGUGUGUGUGUGUGUGUGUGUGUGUGUGUGUGUGUGUGUGUAUGUGUGUGUGUGUGUGUGCGCGCUUGUGUUCGGGGGGAGUCGACAGAUGCUGGGAGGAGGAGGAGGAAGAGAAGGAGGAUUGCACUGGGCUGAGCGAUACUCUCCUUUUAUUCUCUCUCUCAGCUUUCUUUCUCCCCGCCCCCUCUUUGUAUAUGUGUGUGUGUGUUCAUUUUGUGUAUGCGUGCGUGUGUGUGUGUUCACAUGUGUGUGCUGCAGCGGCGUCUCGUGACGGUCGGUUGGAGGGUGAAUGUUUUCCUGCUGCUCCGUCAGAGAGAGGAGGAGAGACAUUGACAGGAAUCAGAGAGAGAGAGAGAGAGAGAGUGUGUGUGUGUGUGUGUUGCUUGUAUUCUUCACCGGUUGGACGGACAAACACCACAUAGCUCUGCAGAGAGAGAGAGUGAGAGUGUGUGUGCAUCUGUGCUGAGACCUGUGUGUCAGUGUGUGUUUUAUUACUCAGAGCGUCGUAUUUCCACCACAGAAGAAGAAAACAGUUUUUUGUUGUUUUUUUUUUUCUUCUGCUGCUGCUGCAGCAGGAGAGAGAGAGAGAGAGAGGGAGAGAGUGGGCGAGCGAGGUUCAGCUGCAUUACUGCUGCGGCCGUUUACAGUCACCAUCAGGAGCUGGUACGUGGGUCAGUGUGAGUGUGUGUGUGUGUGAUUGAUCAUCUAUCAGCUGUUGUUUUAAUCAGUCGUUAAUUACAGUAAGAGUCAGUUUGGUGUUUUUGUGUCUUGAUUGACUUGAAUGAUUGAUUAUUGAGUAUUUGGAUCAGAUUGAAAUGAAGUGUGUGUGUGUGUUUUAGGCUGGUUUAUGUGUGUUAGUUGAUAUUUUCUCUGUUAUAGAUGAAUCUGCCAUGUGUGUCAACAUUUAGGAGUUAAAUUAGUGAAAAAAAAACAUCUUUUCCUUGUUUUUUUUAGUCCAAAAUCUGAAUCUUACAGAGAUAUAUUUUUACAGCUGUCAUUUUGGAGAAGAGGGCUGUGUCCACAGACUUACAGAUGAUCUCAAAAUACAACACAAAUCUACACACAGCAUGGACACAGUGCAUUUUAGGUUAUCAAUAUUCUGUAACCAAAGUUGUGUCGUAAUAAUAGGACAAAAAAGUCAAUUUUAAAAUAAUUUUGUCGUAUUUAUUGGUUGUAGGAUGAACUAAUAGUUGAAACCAUGUCUUAGACCGAAGUAGGACUGGUGCCUGUUCGAACCCAGUUAUUAUACUUGAAUGUCCACAGUCAGAAAAUCCCAGAUUUAGUGGCGUCGGUUUGCCUCAAAACUCGCCAAAAUCCACAGAAGACCAGACAUGAGUCCGGCUACGGUUGGGUACUGUCUCCAUUUUAUCGAUUCUUCAAUUCAGUUCCAGCUCUGUUGGAGGGUAACAGAAGGCUGAAUAUUAAAAAAGAAAAAACACUUUAAAAUAAAACACAGUAUCAGGUUUACGGGGGUUUAAAAACCCUUAAAAAGACAGUAGAAAGGGGUGUAACCAUGAAUCUGAAACAGGAAGUUACUUUUACUCCUUUAUGCUGUGUUCAAUCUACCCCAAAUUUUACAUGCAUGACCCCUGAAAACAUUAUUUUUAUUUUUUUAACCACACUCGCCUUACUGCCUCGUGGAAACAUCAUAAGAACUGUAACACACAAUGGUCAAUCAGAUUUGAUGAUGAACCUAGCCUCGUUAUGAGUCAUACAUUUUAACUAUCUUAACUAUUUAAGUAUUGUGUUGCCAUAAAAAGUCACAUGAUGAUAAGUUUGUCAAAGUCAUAUUCACACCUACCUAAGCUAGCGCUGUACUGUUCUAUGUGCUUUAAAUUCUUGAUAACGUAGAAAGAUCUAAACAUAGAUUUGAUUUAUAGCUUCUCUGCACCGUGUCAAUCUGAUAAAUUGGAAAACAAAAUACCUGCCGAUCGGCGCUAGCAUUAAAAAAAGUGAGAGGUCAAGUUCAAGGACCAAAUCAGCCGAAGUGACCACCUGUCAAUCAUGAUUUAACCCCUAAACAAAAGUCCUAAAUUAAAUAUUUACGUGAUAGACACCAAAGCUGUCCUAAUACCAGGCUGUACCAUGUUGAUUUGUAAAGUUGGAUAUUUUAACAUUGGGUUCUUUGGGGACUGACUCACUGAAGGAGAUGGCCCCCAGUGGACACAAAAGGUACUGCAGUUUUUGGCUUCAUUUUUCGACACUGGAAGGUCAGUAAAGGGAAGAAAAUUGCAGCAUGUAAACUAAAAAGACGUAUUGAGUCAAAGAACUUAUUAACAUUUUAAACUUUGGACAAUUCUGGAAAUUUCUCCUUCCACGUUAAAAUUUUUUGCCGAUCCAGGAUGGCGGAUGUCUUAACCACACCGCCUUAAACUAGAAAAAAGACUUCCCAACAUAAAGCACCACAAAAUGACACCUAUUUCUGUAAUAAAGUAUAUUUCAUGUUGUUAUAAGUCGAGUUAGUUUCAUGUAUUCACUGCAUUACUGCUCAUUACUGGAGGCAGUACAGUAAAACAAUGUGGUUGGAUACUGCUGCUAUUUUUAUCUGCAUGCACUUUAUUCUGAGAGGCUUUAUAAAAACACAAACCCGUGGAGUGGAGUGGAGUUUAUGUCGUCGCCCUGGAGACAAUGUGACUGAACUCCCAUGUGGACACUGUGAACCUCUGAGUGAUUUCAUGUGUUUUUCAGGGACUAAACCUGCAGCCUCGCUCUGUUUGUGCUGCUGUGGAGUUUUAAUCUCUCUGAUAUUUGAUCUCCACGUGGCUCUGUCUGAACAGCUGCUGACCGCCUGCUGUCUGUUUCACUCCCCCAGCCUGUCUGAGGAUGUACGAAGAGCAGAGAGGGACAAACAGCUGCAAUAAAAACAAAUUUGACUUAAAAGUCUGAGCCUUAAAGACAAGAAGGAUGGUGAGCAGGUUUGGGUUCAAAAGGCUUAACAGCCAGUGAUAGAGUAAGACAAGUAGAGCUGUAAAUCUGGUUUCAGGGGUGUUUUGAUUUAAAUAAAUCAAUGAAUAAAACCGGAUUUAUUAAACAUGUUUAAUCCAGAUUACAGUCAAAGCACCUGGAGUGAGUUUCACAAACCUAAGCACUUAUUUUUAUGCAGAAAAACCUAAAAUAAAGACCAUAUCAAACUGCAAAGUCAUGUAAGCUCCAAAUUAUUUAUGCUUUUUAUCACUGCAUGCCUCAAAUGAUAUGGUCACAGUUAUUUUAAGUUCUGUAGCAUUCAAAAGCACGUGGAAGCUUGUGGAACAACAUCUACAGACAUACAUAUCAACCUACAGAGAAAGAGAGAGUGUAAGCAGCUGUGCUAAGGAAAAAAAAGGUAAAGUUAGAGAGAAAGAAAGAAGUGUUAAACCAGAAAAAGAGUUAUUGUUUCUGAAUGUUUUACAGUAGUUUAGUUCUAAAAUAUGAAAUCAACUUUAGGUCUUUUGGUCACAUGACAUGGAAGGUAUUGAAGGAAAUGUUCAAAAUUUGCCUUUAAAUUUAAAACAAAAAUUUUAGGAGGACAAAUUAGGCAAAUAAAGAAGUGUGUCUUAUUGUUCAACCUUCGUACUAUUAUUUGAAAUAUUGUAGGUCUAUUGGUCACAUGAUAUGGAAGCUACUGAAGGAAAACAGCCUUUUCUUGAACAUCAACCGGUAAUUUUUUGAUGGUCCCUAAUUUAACACCCGACGUUGACAGCAAGGAUGCAGAGUAGAUUUAACGGCGCUGCUGUUGUUAUUCCUGGUUAUGGAGAGUGAGAUGACACCAGUAGAUGCGCAGUGAAUGUCCAUCAGAUAUCCAACCUAAAACUAACUUCACCGCGGUAUUUACAUGAGAACACAUACAUGUGUCUCUAAAUAUAUUUUACAAUUCACACACAUCUAUUUUUAGUCGCAAAUGCGAGUAAAAUGGUCUCACUGUCCAGCCCUGCUGUAGCAGCAAGUUCUCCUGCUUAAACCUGGUAAAGAACAUUUAUUAGUGGGUACAACCAAAUCAUGAACAUAAAGGAGAUAUUUAGUUUGUCAGCAGUACUCAUAAGACAUGAGGCCCAAACAACAAACCACUUCUGAGAGGUUGGAUGAAUAUCUGGCAGGUUAGAAAGUUUGAUUCUCUCUCACAUUAGAAACAGAGCUACAAGUCUCUUCUCUGAGUCCGAGGCCUUUUUUUUCUGAUAUGUACAUAUGUAUAAGGCAGAUCACCACAACAACACACAGCUGUUACUAAUACACGUAGAUACACACAGACUUUUUGACCACAUGUGCAGUCUUUACUUAAAAGUCUUUCCUAAUGAUGCAUCUCUGCACUCAGAGACCCGUCUCUGCUAAAGUUUGGAAGUAAUCAGGCCUGUGUUUGUGUAUGUGUGUGUAUGUGUGUGUCAGCAGAGAGUGCGUGUGUGUGUGUGUGUGUGUGUUCGAUGCUGUGUCCAGCCUCCUGCCUGCCUCUCCUCAGGGAGCUGGCUCAGUGGCGCUGCCUGCUCGGCUGGCAUCGCCACCCCGGAGUCGGUGCAAGUAGUGCUGCAGGGCUAACCACUAACACAGGACAACAACAACAACAUCAGCAGCAGGGGUCAGAGGUCAAAGGCAGAGCCAGCCGACCUGUUGGCCGAACCAAACCACUGCCGGUCAGCCAGGUGAGUCCAGGUCUGAAACAUGCUGCAGCCAUGCAGCUGCUGGUCUCCAUGGUGGAUUUGUCGUUUUAAAAAUCAUGUGUUUAGGAAUCGCAGAAGUAUUUUCUCUUUUCAAACUCUCUGAAACGAUAUAUGACGUCUCAGAGUCCAUGUUUAUCAGGUUUAAAAGCACAGCCUCUCUGUGUGGAUGAGGCGUGUUUGACUGACACAUUUGGAUGGUAACAGCCUGAACUGUGAACAAACCGAAUAUUUUCUGUGGUGGGUUUUAUUCUGCGUGCGGCAAAGUUUUUACAGUGUAACGCAGACUUAUCAGAAACAGACAGGAAGUAUUAGGUAGGGCUGCAGCUUGUGUUCAAACUUGGGGGGAUAAGACAUACUAUACAAACUGUAAACAAGGUUAAAAUCAAAGUAUAUCAGCGCUUCAGGUCGCCUGCAUAGUUCCAGCAGAGGACACUCUUAUCGUCACCUGACUAUUGAAUGCAUUCUUGACUGUUGGAGUACUCUGGGUUCUACAUCAUAAACACCAAAAUAAUAGACAAAUAAAACUGAAACUGCAAAGAGUCUGUGUAACUUACUAUCUACAGUGAAACUGAGACCCAGCGCUAACAAACAAGCGGGCUCUCCUCCGCCAGAUUGAGGAAACUGAGCCUCUAUUUUCUUCUCCUAGGGAUCGUCCCUCCACCGCCCAAGUAAUAUGAGACCUUGAGGGUCCUACUCUCAGAGUCAUGUGACCUGACCUCAUCUGUUAAAUCCUCUGAUUAAUCUGAUUAUUGAUCCGAACAAACUGAGUCCACUGAUUUCCCGCCAAAAGAAAAACUCUAAACCACUCUGAACCUGAGCGUGAUGGAGGGAAUCUUUUUACCUCUAACCCAUUUACCAAGCUGCCUCCCCACACACACACACACACACACACACACACACACACACACACACACACACACACACACACACACACACACACACACACACAGAGUGCUUUUAGCGUGAUUGGUAUUGAUUGCGGCCCUGCAGAGUGUUUUUCUUUCUGUGCUGGUCUGAUGGAUCUGGUGCGAGCUGGUUCAGUUGACGUUUGGUUGAGGUUAAAGGUGUGAUCUGUGAUCUGCAGCUGUUUAAGGAAUGAGUUUACUUUUGAGUUGUUGUCAUAAAGCAACUGUUUGAGCUUUAUUAAGCUGAACUUCAGAGCGACGCGUCGUCUCGGGUUGUUUUUUCUCAGGUGUCUUUCUAUCAAAGGAAGUCGUUUUCGAACUGUCUCCAGAGAGACAUUUAUUUUUACUCCAUAAAAUGUCCCGCUCAGUAUGUAUCUGGGUCAGUGUGCUUUAUAAAUAGUUACUGUAUAUGUUCAUCUGAGCAGUGUUGCUCAGUUGAUACAAACAGCUGCAGGACAUCUUUGUUUAAGCUCUUCUUAAACACAGACAUUUUAGAUGUUGGCUCUUUAAAUCAUAAUACUUGAUGUCGUGCAGACGAAAACACAAGGGCUCGCUGAAAAAGAUCCUUAUUUGGAUAAUAAAAGCUUUAAAUUCAGGGAUGAGGGGAUUUGACCAUAAAGUCCAGAUAUCAGUACCUGGGCUUUGGUAUCAGCUGAUACCAAUACUGAUCUGUUCCAAUACCAAAAACCUGAAUUCCUCAUUUCUGAACCCUGUCUUUUUCAGCUGAAGUAAAUAAACUUUCACUGUUUCAUGAUUUAAUGAAAGUGAACCUGCAGGAGGAGAGAGGAGAACAGGGAGAGGAGCAGGAGGAGGGAGGUGUAUUUGUGUCUGAAAAGCCAAGGGACAGAAUAAGUACAGUGAAAGAGAGGCUGUAGUGAUUACAAGCCGAUAUCUGCCACUGAAAAAUAUCUGAAAUUCAUAUGUAUUAGGGCCCGACCGAUGGCCAAUUUUAGGCCAAAAACUCGCUGAUUUUUGCCAAUAUUUCCAGAAAUAAAAUGCAGAGAAAAAGAUUCGGUUUCACUUCGAAAAUGUUCCGCUAUUUGAAAAGUUCCCCGACUGAAUGAUUUGUUGGACCAACAACUUGUGAUUAAUUAUAAAAGAUAAAAAAAUAUCCUACUCCAGGUGGAAUCUGACUUUUAAUACAGUGAGUAUUAUCACCAGAAUUAACUCAAAACUCUCUAGGUUUACAACUGAUGCACUGUCCAUUUUAGCACUAUAACAUCUGGUUUUUGUUUCUCAUUAUUAUCCAGUUGGACUGACACGCAGAGUCUUUGUGUUUAGGAGGUAAAACCCACAAAAAACAGACCUCAGUUUGGUGUGUGGAGGCCUGCUGCUCUUUCCAGGAAGCUGCUGCUGCGCUCUGACCUGCAGAUGAUGAAUAUUUAAUAAGAGCUGCUGCUGUGUCACCUUCCUCUGUUUCAUCCUGUGACUCCUACCAUAUUCUCGAGUUAUAACUGGUUUUAUUUUCUGGGUUUAAUUAAGUUGGUGUUGAAACUUAAAUGGUUUCUGUGAGUGAAUCAGGCCGGUGAGGUUUGGCAGCUCUCUUCAGAUGUUGUGUUUUCUCUGCUGUGUGCUGUGGUCGUGUUGCUGCAGAUUGUGGGUCAGCGUCUCUGCUGCUGCUGCUGCUGCUGCUGUAAAUAAGAAAUGUGUCACCGAGUCUGUGCAAACAAAACCGGAGGAGGAGGUUAGGAUUUAUCCUCGGCCAUCUUUUCUCCUCCCCUUCUUCCUCCUCCUGCUGCUUCUCUGUCUGCUGCUGUUUCCUCCUGAACAUGUGGAGGCGUUCGUCACUCCAACAGAUCUCUGCUGCUCCUCCAGGACAUAAUCCUGUCGUCACGCUGUCACAGAUAAAUUUGUCAGUGUCACUCCAACCAUAAAUCCUUUUUCCAACAAAAGAGUUCAGAGUUUCCAGAAUCAGGCGAGUGUCACGUUUGUUCAGGCAGAAACUAUAAAUAUGGAGAUUGUUCAUUUCUGUGCUGGUUAUGCAGGAAGAUCUUAGGAAGGAUUGUAUGGUGAGGAUUAUUAACACUAGAAUACUCUUGUUUGGGCAGGUACAGUUUUAGGAGAUGGAUAUUCAGGCAGUCAGUACGCAUCUGGAUAUCCUUAAUAGUGUUGUCAGGAUUAUACACGCGUGGACAAAAUUGUUGGUACCCCUCAGUUAAAGAAGGAAAAACCCACAAUUCUCACUGAAAUCACUUGAAACCUACAAAAGUAACAAUAAAUAGAAAUUUAUUGAAAAUUAAAUAAUCAAAAUCAGCCAUUACGUUUGAAAUGUUGAUUAACAUAAUUAUUAAAAAAAAAAAAACUAAUGAAAUAGGGCUGGACAAAAAUGAUGGUACCUCUAUAAAAGAUUGAAAACUAUUUGACCAGAGUGACAUGAUUAACUCAGGUGUGUCCUUUAAUUGACAUCACAGGUGUUUCCAAACUCAUAAUCAGUCAGUCUGCCUAUUUAAAGGGAGACAAGUAGUCACUCUGCUGUUUGGUGAAAAGGUGUGUACCACACUGAACAUGGACAACAGAAAGCGAAGGAGAGAAUUGUCCCAGGACAUCCGAAAAAAAUUAUAGACAAACAUCUUAAAGGUGCAGGCUAUAAGACCAUCUCUAAACAGCUUGAAGUUCCUGUGACAACAGUGGCUCAUAUUAUUCAGAAGUUCAAGACCCACGGGACAGUAGCCAACCUCCCUGGACGUGGCCGCAAGAGGAAAAUUGAUGACAGAUUGAAGAGACAGAUCGUUCGAAUUGUAUCCAAAGAGCCCAGGACAACCUCCAAAGAAAUUAAAGGUGAACUCCAAGGCCAAGGUACAUCAGUGUCAGAUCGCACCAUUCGUCGUUGUUUGAGCCAAAGUGGACUUCAUGGGAGACGAACAAGGAGGACACCACUGCUGAAAAAUCAUAAAAAAGCGAGACUGGAAUUUGCAAAAAUGCAUGUUGACAAGCCACAAAGCUUCUGGGAGAAUGUCCUUUGGACAGAUGAGACCAAACUGGAGCUUUUUGGUAAGGCACAUCAACUCUAUGUUCAUAGACUCAAAAACCAAGCAUACGAAGAAAAGAACACUGUCCCUACGGUGAAACAUGGAGGAGGCUCAGCAAUGUUUUGGGGCUGCUUUGCUGCAUCUGGCACAGGGUGUCUUGAAUGUGUGGAAGGUAAAAUGAAAUCUGACGACUAUCAAGGCAUUCUGGAGAGAAAUGUGCUGCCUAGUGUCAGAAAGAUUGGUCUCAGUCGCAGGUCAUGGGUCUUCCAACAGGACAACGAUCCAAAACACACAGCCAAAAACACCCAAGAAUGGCUGAGAGAAAAGCGUUGGACUAUUCUAAAGUGGCCUUCCAUGAGCCCAGAUCUGAAUCCCAUUGAACAUCUGUGGAAGGAGCUGAAACAUGCCAUUUGGAGAAGACACCCAUCAAACCUGAGACAACUGGAGCAGUUUGCUCAUGAGGAGUGGGCCAAAAUACCUGUUGACAGCUGCAGAACGCUCAUUGACAAAUACAGAAAUCGUUUAAUUGCAGUGAUUGCCUCAAAAGGUUGUGCAACAAAAUAUUAAGUUAUGGGUACCAUCAUUUUUGUCCAGCCCUAUUUCAUUAGUUUGUUUUUUUAAAUAAUUAUGUUAAUCAACAAUUCAAAAGUAAUGGCUGAUUUUGAUUAUUUAAUUUUCAAUAAAUUUUUAUUUAUUGUUACUUUUGUAGGUUUCAAGUGAUUUCAGUGAGAAUUGUGGGUUUUUCCUUCUUUAACUGAGGGGUACCAACAAUUUUGUCCACGUGUGUAAAUACCUGGAUCUCCUUUAUGAUGCAGUUCAGUUUAUUAAAGGGAUAUUCUGGCGUAAAAUUAAUUUAGGGUCAAACACACCAUAACACCGAGUUAGACACCUCCUCAUAAAUGUUCUUCCUUGAGCUGCGUCACCCCACAGCAGUCCGUAAUGGACUGGCCUGAGGUCUCGCAACAAACAAGCGGCUGCUGGAAGAGAGUAGGUGAGUUGUGUUUAGUCUUUUUGCUAAAGAAAUUAGUCAAAGUUAAAAAGAUGGUUGGUGGCUAGCAUUCUUGACACAGUCUCAGAGUUAAGAUGUCAGUACCCUGAACCGUUUUUUGAUCCUCUCGGUUGUAUUCUUUAACAAUCUGUUCCUGUCAGUGCAGAGCUGUGAUGUCAUGCCAACCAACUGACCAAUCAGCGGGCUUCUUCUUGUCAUGCUGCAAUCGAAGUGAAACUGAUUGAAAUUUCUGCUCGUCCUCAUUUCUUUUUCUCUCUGAUGUUCAAACAGCAUUUCUAACGAGUCUCUCCAUCGCUCCUCGCUGUUUUCACACCUCAUUUACUCCCCCCCUCUCUCCUGCUGUAAAUGCUGCAGGGUCCUCGUCUGUCUGAAGGUGCUGUGUUGUUCAGAAUAAAAGAGAAGGGGAGGAGGGGGAGGAGGAAGAGGGGAAACACUGUGACCUUCAGCAAGAAUAUUUCAGGAGAAGCGUCAGCGGCUUCACUUCUGAUCCUGAUUGAGCAGAAUGUUAAAAAAUGGCGUCAUCUGGAUCAAAAAGAUCAGGAGGACAUGAAAAUAGAGAUCAUUGAGGAGGAGAAAUUAUACAGAGGAGAAAAAAUGAAGCACUGCAGGUACUGAGCCAACUGAAUCUCUCAGUGAGGAUAUUAGAGUUCAUUUAAAAGAGUCUUCUUCAUGGUGCCGUACAAGACAAAAAAUCAGAGCAAGAAAAAUGUUUGAAAAUGUUUAAUUUUGUUUGUCAUGGUGGGAAAUAUUCAAGCAAAGUAAUCAUAGAAAAGGGAUUUAGAUUUAAAGUCAUACUUGAUACUGACUUGUAUAAAGAAUAAUAAUGAAAAAGAAAUAAUAGGUGUGGUAGUCAGGAUCUGAGUUAGUUCCAGUUUUUAGGAGAAAUCUUGAAUGUAAACUCUACCCCUCCCAACCAGUUUUCCCCUCAGCUUCUCCUCUCCCCUCCCUCUCUGCUCCAUCAAGCCCCGCCUACAAACAGAUGCUCCUGCUCGCUCGUAUCGUUCCAAUUAAAAUUCAGAUAUAAUGCAGAUAAAUACUUAAUGAUAAUUACAAAUGGGGCCCAGUCAAGGUGAAAGUAAAAAGCAUUGGUGCUACUGUAGAUGCCAACAGACAACCAGCAAACACAAUGUUUGCAGGACUUCUACAACUAGGAUAAAGUGACAUAGUCCAGGACCCGAGGUCAACAGUUUAGCGGCGCUACAACACGCUACAGCAGGUUGCACGCCAAGCGUCCCCCAUCGUUUAUGUUGACCCGGCUUUUUAGCUUUUGUUCGAGUUUCCGGUAUUUACUUUGUUUUCUUGCUUGUGUUGGCAGUCGUGGCCAAAGGAGGAUUCAGACAAUUUUCCGAACUUUCUGGUUGGUUUCUACUGUCCGAUAUUGUAGCACGCUAACUUUGUUUGGGCUCGUGAACGACACGGGGGAGCAGCUUCUGCCUCACAACCAAUCAGGAUAGGGGAGGCGAAGAACGGCUUUGUUUACAAAAAGAGCGGAGUACUCUGAAAUUUUAAAAUGUUGACUACAUAGACAUACCGAAACCUAGCGAUAUUAGUUAUUGAUGACAUUUGGUAAUAUAACGAUAACUAUUGACUGAUAUUAAAAGCUUUUUUGUGUAAACACCACAAAAAAAGAUGCUUCUUCAACUAGAAUCCUGCCUACCUCACCUUUUACCCUUAUCCCUUCUCUCUUUGUCUCCUCCUUUAGUACUCGUCGGCCGGCUGCCUGCUGACUCUCCAUCAUAGCGAGAAACCCGAUCAUGAGGAGGUGUGUGAGUUCAGGCCUUAUACCUGUCCGUGUCCAGGAGCCACCUGUAAGUGGCACGGCUCCCUGGAGGCCGUCAUGCCUCACCUGAUGCACGCCCACAAGUCCAUCACCACGCUGCAGGUCAGAAAACACACUGAAGUCACAGUUACCAUGAGGUGGAUUAUUUUUCUGUUUUUCGUGAUUUCAUCAUUCUAAUCAGCUCCAACAGGAUUUCUAUCUCAAAAGUGCACGACUCUUAUUUCUGCUUUGUUUUGAAUUCUGAUAUUUGAUCCUUUGACCAUGUGUGUUUUGUCUGCAGAUUGGUUGUCAGCGGUUACCAUGGAUGUUGUAGUUAAUAUUGAGUUUAUAGAUAAGUCAAUGAGGAGACUAAAAGUUAAAUGACUGAAAUGUAUGAAAUGAAUCUGCCAAACUCUGCAUUCAGGGGGAGGACAUCGUGUUCCUGGCAACGGACAUCAACCUCCCGGGCGCGGUGGACUGGGUGAUGAUGCAGUCGUGUUUCAGUCACCACUUCAUGCUGGUUCUGGAGAAGCAGGAGAAAUAUGAAGGCCAUCAGCAGUUCUUCGCCGUCGUGCUGCUCAUCGGAACCAGAAAGCAGGCCGAGAACUUCGCCUACCGCCUCGAACUGAACGGAAACAGGCGGCGGCUCACCUGGGAGGCCACGCCGCGCUCCAUACAUGAUGGCGUGGCGGCUGCCAUCAUGAACAGCGACUGCCUGGUGUUUGAUACGUCCAUCGCACACCUGUUUGCUGACAAUGGCAACCUGGGCAUCAAUGUCACCAUCUCCAUGUGCUGACAGAGAGGGACGGCGUUUAAGGUGGACGGUUAUCAACUCAGAGACACAGUUGAUGGAUGGAUGGAUGGAUGGAUGGAUGGAUGGAUGGGUCGGUUCAGGAGCCACAGAGGUGUGAGAUUCACCUCUUAUCUCGUUCUACCUGUACUAGUGUACGCUGUGAUUCAUCUGGAGUCGUUUGUGAGGCUCAAAGAAAACGACCCAGAAACAGAGAUCAGCCUGUUUGAUGCCUGAUUGUUGUUUUGACCAAUAACAGGACAGAACAGUUUGUCCCUCUGAAGGAAACACAGAGGAAAUCUCCAUCAGCGAAAAGUGUUGCACUCGCUGCUUCGGUUGUCACCCGUCGUUCUGGACUCCGACUGAGCUGGCCCAGUUUUACCAGCUUUAUCCAGACUGUCCGGCUGUAGUACUCGGGUUUAGUCAGGGUCAAGUUUCCGGUUUUCAGGUUUCCAUAGCGACCUUUGUGAACUCCUGUUUUAUGGUCCCUUAUCUAAAAAAGCAGAGUUUGUAUGAAUAUUAUCAGAAUACUUCCUGCCUCCAUAUUGUCCAGUUUUCUAAACUCCUGAUGUUUUCUUUGGGUUGGAAGCUUCAUUGCUGUAUUAAUUUUGUCCCUGUGUUCCGGGUUAGACAAGGUCAAACAAAUAUGAGAUGAUUCCUUAACUACUGAUGUAACACCUGAUCAAUUUAGAGUUAAUGAACAUGGUGAGUAGCUUUUUUAUAUGGAGCUCAGUCCCAUCAUAACUUGAUCAUAUCAGGAGAUGGUGUUUACCUGCAUGCAGAGAAACCUGGUUAUUUAUAUACCUAUAAACGUUAUAUAUACUGUGCUUGUUCCCUGGUUACUGAUUCCUGUUUCUGAUUUGUGAAGGUGCAAUCCAGAAACUUCAGAAAAGUGAGACCACUGUGGCUUUUUGGGGUCUAGUGUUCAUUGCCAGAAAUGGAGGUUCCACCUUGGCUGGGGUAAGCAGACCAAAUUAGCUCUGUGACCGGGUCCGGAAAUCGUUUUUUUUGGGGGCAAUGGCAAUGGUCACCAAGAUAAUUCUCUCUGGACGAGCCAAACAACCAAUCAGAUGAAUGCAUUAAUGUGGUGUGACCAGGUCCGGAAUCGGUUUUCCGGGGGCAAUGGCAACGGUCGCUAAGAUUAUUCUCUCCGGAAGAGCCAAACAACCAAUCAGAUGAAUGCAUUAAUGUGAUGUGGCGCAACAGAAAUGUAAACAGACAAAGUAACGGGCCCUACCAAUGAAGGCUGUAUGUGUACGGUUUUGUUUUGAUGAAAAUACAUCGUUGAGUUUCAAAUGGUUACAGUCGCGGGUUCAACAGACCUUUAAGAGGUGGGAGUUGCCAUUUUGGUUGUCUACAACUUUACAGCUCCAUCUCUUGUCGUGUUCCUGGAUCAAUCAAAAGUGAGGUUGAACAAUUUCAAUAUAUUGGCCAUCAUCGGACUUUGCGGCAUUCCCUAAAAAAAAGUUAUCGACUUCAUUAUCAUAAUGUCCAUAUUUUACACAGUCUACACCUUCAAUACAACAUUAUUACGACAUUCCCAGUAAGUGUGACCUUAACGGGAAACGGUUCAAGUAAGACAACUGUUCUUGUUCCGUGUCUGUUACAAUCCUUGAAUGUAGUCUUCAGGGAUUUGACAGUUUCCGUCAGGUUUUCCAUUCUUUUGAAUUUCUCUCCAACAUCGUCGUUUAGCCUCAAAGUUCUGAACUCGUAUGAGAGGGUGCAGACGCUAGCAGCAAACCUGAACACCAACACACUUGGACACUUUUGGUGUUCUAAACCUGCAAACACUGUGUUGUGUGAGAGGUUGCUGGUUCGAAUGCCUGCAGCAUCAGUCUGUAGGAUUCUGGUCAGAAGACUUUCUGGCAACUUUGACAUUUUGGACGUCGUCGGUGUUUGACCUUGGUUGGAGCAGCUGUGCUGUGGAACCCGGUUAAUCCUCAGACCUUCUUUAAUCUCAGAUAAAAGCAGUGAAAUGGAGGACUAAUCCUCCACUCCCUCUUCCUGCAGUCUCUUUAGCCGCCAGCGCCUUACUUUUCUACCGCCAACCUCUCUUCUUCCUGUUUGAGCUCUUUGUGAAGGAGUCUUGGUGCUGAUGUGGUUUUAAUCACUGAAAACUGCCCAGGGAUAAAACGACAAAGACUCUCCUGCAAAACUCAAAGGACUUGGUGUUUGAAGAAACUGUUGGCUUGUUUGAAGCCACAGAAAUACCGUGGACAGACUCCAGACUCAGUGUGGGUAAAGGACAGACCUCCUGACAUUCCUCCUCUCUAAACCUUCGUAGCAACUGACCAGGAAGAACCCAACCUCACCUGACACCUCUGACCUCAGACACUGCUAACCCUCAGACCUCAGUGGUGUUUCCUCUGUGUUUGUUCAGUGAGAAAAAAAACAUGAUGGUGGGGAGAGACACUAAAUCCGUACAUGGUGAUUAACCAAAAGACAAACCGAAAAUUAAGUGAAUGAUGGGACUCGGCUGUAAUUACUCUGCCUAAAGUCAAAUUAAAGCUUAAAAGCUCAGACACAACUACUACAAUUAAAAAUGUAAGCUGUGCUAAUGUAAGCAAGUAAACAGAUGACCUCUGAAGUAGAGCAGGCUAACAGACAUACAGGUUUCUAGUUCACUGUUAUUCAGCAGCUCGGGUAUGAAUCGCCUAGAAGAUAUGAAAGCUUAUUGGUGAAAGUUUUGAAAUGCCAUUCAUUUUUGGCGCAGACAUUAAUUGAUACACAAACUAACUUUUGUUCUGGCCAAGAGAUAUGACUGAAGUUUUUAGCUUCUCGUCAAUGUAUCUUUGAAUAUUUCGCAAGCAAGGCGAUUGCUCUUUUAUCCCAGCUUGACCAAGCUCUUCAUGAGUAGCUAAUUAGUCAGUUAGCGGAUAAUGAAAGAGCUGCUUAUAUAACUUUUUUCAUACUUACAAAGACAAAGUCAAAAGUGUUGAAGGCCAAUAAUAGACAAAGUCAAAGUUCUGUAUCAUGCAGCGUUCGAGUUACCUAGGAAGUCAGAAGCCUGAGCUGAAAAUGAUGUCACACUAAAGUUACCAGCGUUUCAGUUAAUAAUUGGAGGCGGAAACAAGAUGACCACAUCUAUGAAAGUUAUCUUAGCGCAUGACUUGUCCAAAUAUAAGGCAAUCGCUAAAAUAACUUUCGUAGAUGUUGCCAUCUUGUUUCCGCCUCCGAUUUCGCUUUUUUCUGAAAUGGUAACUGAUGCGCUGGUAACUCGGGUGUGACGUCAUUUUCAGCUGACUUCGACAUCUGACUUCCUAAGGUAACUCGAACGCAGCAUUAGUACUGGAUUCCUGAACAUCGAGAUGAAGGAUUCUGGAUUCCGGAACGCUAAGAUAAAGGAUUCUGGGUUCUAAAAUUUCUGGAUUCCGGAAUGCCAAGAUGAAUGAUUCUGGAUUCCGGAAUGCUGAGAUAAAGGAUUCUGGGUUCUGAAAACUUGGUUGUUUGAAUGCUGGGAGAAGUGGUUCUUAAAGGGACAGUAGCUGAAAUGAAGUUUUUCUGAGUGGUUGAAAAGAUGAUUUUCUACCGUGAUGCUAAAUGGGAUAAGAAAACAACUUUUUGGGUCUACAAGGCUUCUAAAGUAAAUUCCCACAUGUUCUCAGAUACUUUUUAAUUACAAUUAUAAAUAAAUACACAACAUUUAAUUUAAUUUAACUACAAAUAUCUUAAUGUGUAACAAGCUAAUUGUCUGUAAUGGUUAAAGAUGACACCUGUAAUAUUUUGGGGCAGGAUGACAAACACAGAGGGAACGCUACUCACACAUAAUCACCUUCACUUUACAACCCACUGACUUUCUAUGAAAUGUUUGAAGAUAUUGUAAAAUAAUGAUAUUGAAAGUAUAUAUAUUUUCUAUAAACAGAGACUGUUGCAUUUAUUCCUGUGCUGUUUUUGAAAUGAUGUAUAUGUGUUAGAGUUUGCUCGGCUGUACAGAUAUUUUCGAGGUAAUUUUCUAAAGUGUUUCUGAUAUCGUUGUUAACUCUCCUGUUUUGCUGCUGUAAUUUGCUGAAGUGUCACACCUCAAAAUAUGUUCUGGGAUUAAAUAAAGAGAAGGAAGAGAAAUGAGGACUGUCAACACAAACCGAUGUCUGUGUCUGUCAUAUUUUAUGAAGAAGAAACCCACGGACAACUACGCUUUUUCAGUUGACAAUCGUAGGGUUAAACCUGGAAUCAUAGUUUUUAAAGGCCACUUAAUUACUGAACUUUUUAAGAUCACUUUCACAACAAAAGGUGUUUUUCUUUGUUUUAUUACAAAACUUCAAAAAAUAAUGACAGAUAUUUGACUGUUCUGGAAAAGAAAUGGAACAUCCAAAAUAACUGUUCACUUUGAGAACUAAAGUUCACAUUUGGACGGUUUGGAGGAAAAAAAAAACAACUUAAUGGGGAAAAAAAAAACAGCUUCUUUGUACAAAUAUUACAAUUGAGUAUUCGACUCAGCAUAAAGAAAGAAAAAGCAACCUUGUUCUCCUCUCUGAAGCCCUAAUCCUCUUUUUUCUUUAAAGAUCACUUUAAAGAAAAUAAAACCGUAUUUUUUAACCAGACUUGUUUUAUUCCAAUUCACUAGAUUUACUCUAUAACCCUUCAGAAUUCUGCAGAUUAAAUACACAGUGAAACCUCAUGAGGGAACCAGCGAGGCUUUAGAUUAUCAGUAAAGCAGUAAAAAACAAAAAUGUGAUGAAAUGAUAUGUUUUUUUUUUAAUGACGUGUUUUUAUAAAAUAUAACUAACAGUAAGAGUAAAAGUUUACAGCUGACAGACUCAGUGUCGGUGUGACCGCUCUCUGUCUCUGUCUGUCUCUCUUCUUCGGUCAUCUUCUCUGUCUCUUCUUCUAUCAGUGUCUCUGUCAUUCUCUCUUCUUCUAUCAGUAUCUCUCUCUCUGUCGCUUUCUCGUCUUCUAUCACUCUCUCUUUCUGUCUCUCUCCUUCUUUCACUCUCUCUGUCCCGGUCUGUCUCCCUCUUUCUUUCACUCUCUCUCUCUGUCUCUCUCCUUCUCUCACCCUCUCUCUCUGUCUCCCUCCUUCUAUCACUCUCUCUUUCCCUCUCUGUCUCUCUUCUUCUAUCCCUGUCUCUCUCUCUGUCCAUCUCUCUCUUUCUCUCGUACUCUCUCUCCCCCUCUCUCUCUCUGCUCCUGUCUCUAUUCCUCCUCCUGUCUUCCUCCGUCUCUCUCUUCACCUCUCUCCUCCUCUCUUCCUCCCUCGCUGCUCUCUGUCCAUUCUGUUGUCCUCCUGGUGGCGCCCCCCUCUGGUUGUACUUGUCGUAGGCGGCAUCCUGCUUCUCUUCUUUGACUCUGACAGCUAAAGGAGGAGGAGGAGUAGAGGGGGAGGAAGAGGAGGAGUGCAGCACCCGGCUCUCCCUCUCCUUCUCUUUUUCUGCCUUCUUCUUCUCCUUCUUUUCUUUCUUCCUUUUCUUCUUCU